UACACCACACAGCGGAUGCAAGGCGGUGUCAUGCACAAAAAAAAAAUUACCCCCUUAUUUCACUUCCCCUGGGUUCAGAGCGAAGGAGGCCAUAUCUGUUCUUCGAGCUUUUGUUAAAAAACCCAUCAAUUAUUUAUAGUAAAUAUUAUUUGCAAAUUGUUGAACAAAACCACCCCUAUUUAUAUUUAACCUUCUUUUUCUUUUUUUUUCUUUUUUUGGCGAACGAUGAGAACCUUAGACACGGCUUCAAUCUGGCAAAAACAAAAGGCCGAAAACUGAAAAUAAGAGCAAUUAGCAGGUGUUUUUGGAUGAGAGCCAAACAGGAGUGAAGCUACGAGAGGCCUACACUGUGACAGCAGAGCACGUCUCCAUUGCUUACGCUGUUUCUGAAGAAAAACUGAAGAAAAGUCUUUUUCCUCAAAGAUCUUCAUCCCAUGACUGAAACGAGAACAUCCUCCUGAGUGGACAGCGUAAUGGCCUGCUUUAAAAAUUACACUGACAACAAAAAAGAAAAGGAAACAUCUUGAACUUUAUAUGAACUGCAGUUCGGUGAAUUAAGGUCUAACGGGUAUUUGUUGUGUGGCACUUCACAGUUCUUACAAAACAAUGACCACUUUUGUGCUCCUACUUUUCCCUUGAGGACUUAGGAACUACCUUGGAUUUUUACAAAGAAAAAGAAUUACACAGAGCGUCAAAAUGAUGAACGGGACGACUGGUAUGUCGGUGAAGUGUGUACUCGUCGGUGACUGUGCUGUGGGCAAAACGGCAUUGCUGGUGCGCUUCACCUCAGAGACAUUCCCUGACAGCUACAGGCCCACCGUCUAUGAAAACACUGGCGUGGAUGUCUUUAUGGACGGCGUCCAGAUUAGCUUGGGUUUAUGGGACACAGCGGGGAACGACACGUUCCACCAGAUCCGCCCCAUGUCCUACCAGCAAGCUGACGUGGUCCUGUUGUGCUACUCAGUGGCAAACCCUUCCACACUGGCCAGCAUUCAGCAAAAGUGGAUGGCGGAGGUGCGACAAUAUUUGCCUCGUGUGCCUGUCUUAGUGGUGGGCACUCAGACAGACCACCGGGAGAUGGGGCCGUAUCGUGACCGCUGCACCACAGCAUCAGAAGGCAAGAAGGUGGCUCAUGAAAUUCGAGCGAAAGGCUAUCUGGAAUGUUCUGCUCUCAUCAAUCGUGGCAUUCAGCAAGUGUUUGAGUGUGCUGUGCGCACGGCCGUCAACCAGGCGCGCAAGCGAACUCGCCGGAGAUUCUUUGAUCUGAAUCCGUGCCACGUCUCUUGAGGACUUACUGAAGUUAUUCAAAACCCAAUAAGAAAGCAUCUCAGAUCAUGUGCUCAAUCCAGUCAUAUUUAUUUCAUCUGUUUUUUUAGAAUUGAAUGGCUAGGCAUCCCUUUAACCAAGCGCCUUAGAUCUGUUGUUCUGAGUGGACUCUGGGGUCCCCUAGGCAGGAGAGAAGCAUAUACAGAGAGCCCAUGAUUUUAUACGUUAUUCAGUUACAUGAAUUGAGUGUAAUCCAAACCAUGUAGACUUGUUAUUUACCAACUUUUUAUAACAUAAAAUACAUUUUCUGAUUAUAAUGUAUUUGGAAGUUUCAUGAAUAAUACGUUGUAUACAGAAAUGUAUACAAAAUAUUCAAAUGCUAUUUCCCACAUUGAAGAUAAUAUUCAUGAAUUCACUCUCUUUGAUCUCUCCCUCAAUGCCUCCGGACGUUUUUAAGUGAAACAACUCUAUUACAAUAAAUACUCCGAAAACUCUUUCACGUCAGUCUGUAGCAUCUCUCUGUCCCUACCUGGCACUAAGAGCUGCUGGAUACACUUUUACUGAGGGUAAACAGCAGUACAUAUUUAAUAUGAUUCCACAAUAGAAAUCCAAUCAGCCAGUAGAGAGAAGACUACAGAGAUCUAUUCGAUUUGAUAAUUGUAUUAUUACAGUAUGUUUAAUAAACUGUACAUACCGUACGAAUGGUUUUGUUCUCUUCUCCAGCAAAAAUACUGGUGUGUCAAAUCUCUAGAAGCAAUAGAAAAACGAAAUGAAAAAAAAAUACAAAAAAAACCCUUUUCAUAUAUUCAAUUCAGAAUUAUUUAUAUAGUAUAAUGGUCAUAAAAGCUUCUACGAGUCAUAUGUGCAGACACUAGUAUUGUAUAGUUAGAAAAUACAUUCACGUUUUUAUGAGUGUGCUGAAUUAUGGUUGCUGGACAAAACAGUUUAUUAAAUCAUAAUGAGAGUUUGCAUUUUAAUGUAAUAUCACAAUCUUUUGUAUAUUUGCAAGAUUUGUUGUAAAAUGCUUCAUUUUUGCCUUUUCUGGGUUUUUUUGUUUGGUUGUAGAAGUGAUUGGGUAAAAUGAGAUCACUCUUAAAAGUCAAUUAAAAUUACAUAAUGGUGGUAUUAAAAAUGAUAUUUUUUAUUGCCGUUGUUUUUUAGUAAUUCAUUAAAGUAUCCCCACAAUAUCAUGAACAAGUCGUUGAGUAACGCAGUCCCGGUUAUUCUUCAUCUAAUUUAAACCGCUUAAUUCACUGAACACCAACUAAGAACGCAAAGAUUGUUCAUGAUAUUAUGGAGAUACGAUAACGUAUUAUAAAAAAGUGUUAAACACACAUACACAUUGUAAUAAACAUCAAGGUGCAAAUAAACAACGACACAAAAACUGCAUUAUAUAUUUGCCUUUGUUCAUUUCAAUUUAAUGUUGCAUUAAAGCUGUCAUUUAAAAUACA